CACAUCAAAUACCUUCGGUAGCGCAAAGGGUUCGGGAAAAAAAUCAACUCGGUGAAAAAGUGUUGACUAACUGCAGUGAAAAAGACGCGAAGAGUUGAAACUCUAUACAAUAGAUUUGCAAAAAAAUGAAUCCAAAGCGAGCCAAAUACACAACACUGUCUGCAGCUGUUAAGGAGGAGGUAGUUCCAGUUUUGAUACAUGAUCCCAAUGCUCCAGAUGGUGAACAAUACGCUUAUGCUACAUUCGCCACGGCAGAGGAGGCCGAUUCUGCUGUUGAAUCACUAUCGGGCGCACACGAAACAAUUGUUAGUACACAUGAGACUAUUGUUAGCUCGGAAGAAGUGAUUAUUGAUGAGCAUGGACGCGCUGUCACUAUACAACAAUUGGUCGAUAAUCAUUCCGUCGAGGAAGUGGAAGCUGUAGAAGAAGCUGAUGGUACACAUACUAUAUUACAUAUAAUGCCCUCUUCACCAGUGGUCGAAGAAACUGGUACGGAGAGCGGUGGUGAUGGGGAUGCAAGUCUUAGUCCAAACGAUGCUUUUGGUAACCGCAACAAGACAUUCUAUUGCCCGAAUUGUGGAAAUUGCUAUAGUGCUGCUGGUUCAUUAAAGCUACAUAUGCGUGCUUGUAUGAAGCAACGUGAAGAGGUGCCACCUGAGCAGAGACGCUGCGAUAUUUGCAACAAAGUAUUCAAUUCAGUUUCGUAUUUAAAAGAACACAUGAUGCGACAUACAGGCGAGGGCCCCAGACGUUGUAAACGCUGUUAUCGUAAAUUUAUCGACGAGGAUAAAUGGAAAGCGCACAUGGAAGCUCAUAAGCAGCAGGAUAAAUUAGAUGCAGAAGCACAGGCACUAGCUGAGCAACAUGGUGGCAAAAAAAUUGUGGUUAAAGAGUUUACAUGCUCAUUUUGUUCACAGAAUUUUACAGUGGUGUUCGAAGAGGGCCAAGUAAAACGACGUUACGCCUGCGAUGAAUGCCGUGAGAAAUAUUCCAAUGCGGAACAACUUAAGCAACACAAACAAAUGGUGGGUGAGAAACGUGAUUUCCAUUGUGAGCGUUGUGGUCGCAAGUUCGUAUUUGAGGGCUUCUUACAGCGGCAUCUUCCAACAUGUGAUGGCACAAUAAAACGAAGACGCGAUAUGAAAUAGAAAUUCACACCUCGAAUAAGUGGUUAACGAUGGUCUUGUCGAUGCUACACGCGUUUUAAAACUAUCCAUUACCUAGUUUUUCGUACCUUAUAUUAUUUGUAACACUGAAUAUUGUUGAACGGCAUGAGACGUAGACUCAAAACGUAUCUUGAAAAAUAUUUUUCUUUUAAUCUGAUAUAUGUAAAUUUUUGAAUUAAUAAAAAUUUAAUAUUAAAGUAA